AUGUACUGCAAGGCUGCCGGAGAUCCUCAAGCCCUCUCCCCAAAGCCUUUCUGCCCUGCUCCCUCCCCACCAAGGCAUAAUUUCGUGGGAACUGCCCAAGGUCACACAGCCCAACAGGCAGCCUGGGUCGCGGCGAGCAAUGGGACGGCCCCUGAGCCCCUGAACCCGUUGUGCCGAGCGUACCUCUACGCCUUCCAUGGCUACCUCUUGGAAAUCCUGUUCACGGCCGUCAUCUCGGGCGAGGACUGGGCCUUCUCCGGGGCCACCACCUUGCUGUCUUUCUUCGCCUACGGGACCUGCGGCCUGGCCUUGGAGCGCAUCUACCUCUGGCUGCGCAACGACUGCUGCCUCCUGACUCGCUGCCUCCUCUACAGCCUCUGCAUCUAUCUGUGGCAGUUCUCGACGGGCUAUGCCCUCCGCUGUUUCGGCACCUGCCCCUGGGACUUCAGCGAGUUCCGCUACAGCUUCCUGGGGAUCGUGGCCCUAGAGCACAGCCUCAUCUGGUUUGUGGGGUCCCUCCUGCUGGAGAAGUGGGUCCUCGCCAACGUCCUGAGGCUCCGGCUGGACGAACCCUGGAAAGCCAAACCUCGUCCCAUGCCCAAAUUUGUGCUGAAGGACGACUGA